AUGCCCCCCGCCGCGCUCCUCCCGCUCGCCCCUUUGCCGCAUCACCCGAACCCAGCACGGCGACCUCUGUGCCGCUGCGGGGCCUCGCGCCGCGGCUUCACCGUCCACACCGCCAUCGCCAUUGCCUCGGCCUCGGCCUCCGCCUCCGACUCCGCCCCCAUCGCGGCCGCGGAGGCGACGUCCCCAUCUCCGCCCCCCUCGCCGCCAACGCAAACGCCUUCCUCUAAACCGGAAUCCCCGGUGCUGGGCGGCAUCGCGAACACGAGGUCCUGGUCGCAGUACUACGGCAGCGGCUUCUCCAUCCGCGUGCCUCCGUCCUUCGACGACAUCCUCGAGCCCGAGGACUACAAUGCCGGGAUGACAUACUACGGCGACAAGGCCAAGCCCCGGGCGUACGCGGCUCGCUUCGCGUCUCCAGAUAGGGAUGAGCUCAUAAGUGUGGUGAUUAAGCCAUCAAAUCAGCUCAAGAUCACAUUCCUAGAGGCAAAAGAUAUAACUGAUUUGGGAACUCUAAAGGAGGCAUCCAAGAUAUUUGUACCUGCUGGUGCAAAAGUAUUCUCAGCUCGAACAAUUAAAGUUAAGGAAGAGGAGGAUAUUAGGACAUAUUACUUCUAUGAAUUCCAUCUGGACAAACAACAUGUUGCUCUGAUGGCUACCAUGAAUAGUGGAAAGACGUACAUUGCCGGCGCUACUGCUCCAGAGGUGAAAUGGGGUGACGACGGCGUGAAGUUGCGUUCGGAUGCCGUAUCUCUAUCCGUUUCAUGA